UUUUCUUUCAGAAACUUUUGAUUCAGUAAAAAAAAAAAACUUCAAAUCUCUAAAAAUCAGGGUCUCUAAUCCGGAUUUUGAUUGAAACCCGAGAAAUGUCGAACGGCACAGAUCAAGCUCAACCACCGCCGGAGAACACAGCUAAUCCUGUAGAUUCGUCGAAGUCACGGAAGCGUGCGACACCUGGGGAUGAUAAUAAUUGGCUUCCUCCUGAUUGGAGAACCGAAGUUAGGGUUCGUACCUCCGGCACUAAAGCUGGUGUUGUCGAUAAGUUUUACUACGAACCUAUCACGGGUCGUAAGUUUCGGUCCAAGAACGAAGUGUUGUACUAUUUGGAACACGGGACGCCUAAAAAGCCCGUCAAGAAAACAGAAAACAAUGGAGAUUUGCAUUCAGAACAUUCUGAAGGUCGAGGAAGCAGUAGGCGGCAGAGUAAGUCCAACAAGAAAGCUAAUGAGCCACCGCAAAAGCCGUUGGAUUUUGAUUUUAUGAACGUGCCGGAGAAGGUCACUUGGACUGGGACUAAUGGUCCAGAAGAAGCUUGGUGGCCUUUUAUUGGGGAAUACAAGAUUCAAGAAUCUGUUAGCAAAGAUUGGGACAGAGCAUUCACUCUUGUCACAACUUAUUACGCUGGGAAUAUGAUGUUUUAGGAGAUUGCUGCUACUGCUGCUGCUGCAAAACCUGCAACUCAAAUCAAAUAACAGAGACGCUAGAGAAUCAAAUCAAUUUAGUAGUUUGGUCAUUCAUUUGUUUAGCGUGUGUAAUGUAGGUUAAUAUAGUACUCAGUGACAGUUUAGAAACAGUUUAAUUUGGGUUGUUAUAUACUUUUUUAACAUUUUCUUAGAUGCAUUUGAGAGAAUCAAUGAGUAACAAAAGUAUGAAAUCUUAACUUU